AUGCUCUCCUCUUUUUCACCUCCUCACCCUCCUUCCUUGGAUAAUUCACCAGAAAGAACAAUGGAUGAUGCCACCAAUGUGCAGAAAUACAAAAUGCUCAAACGCAAGUUGAGAGAAAUGAUGGAGUUGAAUGAAAACAUCUCUCAAGAAUAUGCAAGAGCUCAAAAAAAAGUGCGUUUGUUGACGCUUGAACGCAGCAUUUUACUUGAAAACAUUGCCCGUAUUCGUCAAGAAAAGAAACAACAUCACCUUGUUUCACCUUCUCUUUCAGACGACCUUGAGUUAUCAGAUGACGACGAUAUUGAGAAAAUGUUACUUUCACCAUUGACAACAACAAAGAUACCCUCCUCAUCCUCCACCUCUUGUAUUCGUGCUAAUCGUGGUGGACGUGGUGGUGGUGGUGCAAAUCGUGGAGGUCGUCGUCGUCGUCAAAGUUCCACAACAACGCCAAUGCAACAACAACAAUCAUCAUCAUCAGGAGCAGCAGUAGAUCAUCAUGAACAACAACAGGAUCGAAUGAUCACUGUAUCCUCUGCGCCACCCAAAAGAUCGCGUGUUGUGCGUAAUACGAUGAACAAUACCAAGGCACGUCGCGUACAACCGGUGGAGCGAGAUGAAGAAGGCAAUGUUAAACUGCCCCAACAAAUUGGUGUUUUGACCGUCGUAAGCUUGGGCAAGAUCGUUCACGAUCGAGACACAUUCCAUAAUGAGCGAUACAUCUUUCCUGUUGGAUUUACGGUGCAGCGAACCUACCCAAGUAUGGUUGAUCCAAAAAACAACACCGUGGUGGUAUCAACCAUUCUUGAUGGAGGUGAUGGACCCCUGUUUCAUGUGGCCGCCCAUGACAUGCCAGACCAGCCCAUCAUUGCCAAUUCAGCCACGGGUGCCUGGACAGUGGUUGUUCGGCGAUCUAACGAAAUAAGACAUCGAGAGCAUAGUAAUUCGGCUAGUGGUCCAGAUUAUUAUGGCUUUAAGCAUCCUACCAUUGCCAAGCUUAUCCAAGAUCUCCCUGGCUCGGAAAAGUUAAAGUACUACAUCCCUCAACAAUUUGAAGAAAUGGAACCACGUGCUGCUCGAGGUGUCAUGGCUGCUGCUCAAAGCAAACGAGAAAAUCUUGAAAAGCAUGGUAGUGCUAACAUGCGUUCAGCUGGUGGUGGAACUACUACUACAAGUACAAGACCAUUGCCUCUUCCUCCUCCUCCUCAUCUUCCACCUUCACCUGCAUCCUCCAGCAGUAAUAGCAAUUUGUACUUGCAGGAACAACAACAACUACCAUCAUCAUCACCGCCGCCGACAACACACGACGUGGUAGAGAACAAUAAUGAUGAUGUUGACGAAUUGCAUAGUGAUAAUGACGAAUGCGACUCCACCAGUAACAAUGACAUGACCACCACCACCACCCCUUUCUCCAACAAUACAACAGCAACAACAAUGAUGCUGUAA